AUUAAACUCCAAAAUCAACAGCUCGCCUUUCUCGUGAUAAGAGUUUCCGUGGUGCCGCCGUUCUUGGAUCGCGAUCACCGAAUUUUAUUUCCCUCCUACCGGGAUUCGUUCUUUUCGGUUGCGACGUGUAGUAAUUCUCUGCUUGCAGUAAAAAUGGGCUCCCUCCGCGUAUCGCUUCUGUGCCUGGUGGUGGUGGCUGGCUUGACGAUUUGCAGUGCUCAAAAUGAUGUUCAGCCUCCACCCGUCCCAACGACGACGACAACGACGACAACUGAACCACCAAGUACGACGACGACUGCAUCCACCACCGUUGAACCUAAAACCACAACGACAGAGGCACCAACAACAACGACCACCACCACGACCCCCAGACCGUCUACAACGACCGUCGAACCUACCACGUCCACGGAGGCACCCAUCACAACAACGGCCGUUCCGCCGAAACCAACGCCAGUGCCAGAUCCGGAGAUGGGAACCUGGAGCUACGCUGAAAACAACAAAACCUGCGUCAUCGCCCAAAUGGCCAUGCAGUUCAACUUGAGCUAUUACGACGAUGCUAACGCAACCCGUAACGUGCUGUACAACAUCCCGAGCAAUGCCACCGUAAAGUCUGGAUCUUGCGCCAACGAAUCGAACUACAUUGAGCUGCAGUGGCCUACGAGUGAAACUAGCAGCCAGCAAAGUACGCUGAUAAUUGUGUUCGCUCUGAAUUCCACGGAAAACGAUUUCGCUCUUACCGAAUUGAAGCUCAAUUUGUCCACCGCGGGUCCGGCAUUCCCGAAUGCCAAGGCUGGCGAAUAUGUGGUCCUUAGCAACAAUCAGACGCUGUUCAAAACGCCGCGCAAGAUGUCGUACCACUGCAACAAGCCGCAGGUGCUGAACAUGACCGUCAAUGCGACCGCACUGGGACAGCCAACGGUUGUCGUGACCAAGCUACAGCUCGAGGCGUUCCAUGAGAAGGGAACCAACAAGUUCUCCAUCGCCAAGGACUGCGAUGCCAUCGAUACACCCGAUAUUGUGCCGAUUGCCGUGGGAUGUGCGCUGGUGACGCUGAUCAUCAUUAUGCUCAUUGCCUACUUGGUGGGACGCAACAGUGCCAGCGGUCAGGGAUACGUUAGCUUUUAAGGAAUAAUUUCCGGUCAAAGAGCAAGCUGUGAAGAAAACCAGUACCACGGAGCGGAGCGGUGUUGCUGUUUUGGCUGAAGGAAAGGGUGCCUCGGACUUUCCCCUUCCCCCAUCCCGGUUCAUCUGCUGAAGGAAAUGCUUCGAUCCACCUGUAGCUGGCAAGAAGGAACCGUGUAUCGUGUUCCCCGAUUAAAGCAAAGUUCGAACGUGAUAAAAGGCCAAUGAUUAUGAUUUUUUUGCUCUUUUGCCCAAGCAUACUAAUGCACACACGCCGGUCGCCAUUAUGAAGCUCUGGUUCGCCCUGGCCGUUGGUUCAUUUUUUUCUGUUAAUUUUCUUUCCAAACAAUCAGCCUGAAAGAGAGACGUACAAUACGAGGUAAGAGGCCUGAGGUGUGAGUGUGUAGGUAUCAAUUAGCGACAUUCAAACGAAGGGGGAAUCAUCAAACUAGUGUCCGUUGUUGAAAUUUUUACGAUAAAAGUAAGGAGAGAACCAUUAAAACCAUUCGACUGAGAAGCAGAAACGUACGAGAGCAGCAUAUGCAAGCUUACAGAACAAAGGCCGCAUCCGAGGGGGGCGCAACUGGAACAGGUGGAAAACACAGGAACACACAUCCCUAAAUUCUACAUUCAUACCGUUUACUGGCAAAACAAAAGUUGUCUGUAAUAAUAGCGUAAUUUUUAUGAAACACUAAAUAAAUGAAGGAAGUUGAGGCGACG